CCGGCGCCUAUUCCCUUGCCUUAAGCCUCACCCUCCUCCUCCCCCCGCCUCCAUAGCGGAACCGGAAGUAUCCCGCAGCGCUUCCGGGUGCGCUGAGGCGCGGGAGGGAGGAAGAGGAGGAGGAAGAGGAGGAGGAAGAGGAAGGAGGCGGCGGGGGGGGGCCCGCGGCCGGACCCCCGCUCAAUGGCGCUCAGCCUCGAUAGGGACGCCUAUUACCGGCGGCUGCGGCGCCUCUACGGCACCUGGGAGAAGGGGGAGGAGGAGCUCGGGGGGGUCGACGCCAUCGUGGUCGCGGUGGGGGUGGACGAGGAGAUCGUCUACGCCAAGUCCACGGCGCUGCAGACGUGGCUGUUCGGGUACGAGCUGACGGACACCAUCAUGGUGUUCUGCGAGGAGAAGAUCCUCUUCAUGGCCAGCAAGAAGAAGGUGGAGUUCCUCAAGCAGGUGGCCCAUGGCAAGGCUGGAGAGGGCGGCAACGGGGUCCCUGCCAUCACCCUGCUCGUCAGGGAGAAGAACGAGAGCAACAAGGCCAACUUCGAGAAGAUGAUCGAGGCCCUCAAGAGCAGCAAAGGCGGGAAGCGCCUGGGGGUCUUCUCCAAGGACAAGUUCCCCGGCGACUUCAUGAAGAGCUGGAACGAUUGUCUCACCAAGGAGGCCUUCGAGAAGGUGGACAUCAGCGCCGUGGUGGCCUACACCAUGGCGGCCAAGGAGGAGGGCGAGGUGCAGCUCAUGCGCAAAGCGGCCGCCAUCACCUCCGAGGUCUUCAGCAAGUUCUUCAAGGAGAGGGUCAUGGAGAUCGUGGAUGCCGAUGAGAAGGUGCGCCACAGCAAGCUGGCCGAGUCGGUGGAGAAGGCCAUCGAGGAGAAGAAGUACUUGGCCGGCGCCGACCCAUCGGCCGUGGAGAUGUGUUACCCCCCCAUCAUCCAGAGCGGGGGCAACUACAACCUCAAGUUCAGCGUGGUCAGCGACAAGAACCACAUGCACUUCGGGGCCAUCACGUGCGCCAUGGGCAUCAGGUACAAGUCCUACUGCUCCAACCUGGUGAGGACCUUGAUGGUGGACCCGCCGCAGGAGAUGCAGGACCAUUACGCCUUCCUCCUGCAGCUCCAGGAUGAGAUGCUCAAGGAGAUGAGACACGGGGCCAAGCUGUGUGACGUCUACGGCGCCGUCAUGGACGUGGUGAAGAAGCAGAAGCCGGAGCUGCUGAGCAAGAUCACCAAGAACCUGGGCUUCGCCAUGGGCAUCGAGUUCCGGGAGGGCUCCUUGGUCAUCAACAGCAAGAACCAGCAUCGCCUCAAGAAGGGCAUGGUGUUCAGCAUCAACGUCGGCUUCUCGGACCUGGCCAACAAGGAGGGGAAGAAGGCCGAGGAGAAGACCUACGCCAUGUUCAUCGGGGACACGGUCCUGGUGGACGAGGAGGGACCGGCCACCGUGCUCACGGCCGUCAAGAAGAAGGUGAAGAACGUCGGCAUCUUCCUCAAGAACGAAGACGAGGAGGAAGAAGAGGAGGAGAAGGACGAAGCCGAGGACCUGCUGGGGCGCAGCUCGCGGGCGGCCCUGUUGACCGAGCGGACACGGAACGAGCUGACGGCCGAGGAGAAGCGCCGGGCCCACCAGAAGGAGUUGGCCACUCAACUCAACGAAGAGGCGCGCCGGCGCUUGACCGAGCAGAAGGGAGAGCAGCAGAUCCAAAAGGCGCGCAAGUCCAACAUCUCCUACAAGAACCCGGCCCUGAUGCCCAAAGAGCCGCACAUCCGCGAGAUGAAGAUCUACAUCGACAAGAAGUACGAGACCGUCAUCAUGCCCGUCUUCGGCAUCGCCACCCCCUUCCACAUCGCCACCAUCAAGAACAUCAGCAUGUCGGUGGAAGGCGACUACACCUACCUCCGCAUCAACUUCUACUGCCCGGGCAGCGCUUUGGGCCGCAACGAAGGCAACAUCUUCCCUAACCCGGAGGCCACCUUCGUCAAGGAGAUCACCUACAGAGCGUCCAACAUGAAGAGCCCCGGCGAGCAGACGGUGCCGGCCCUCAACCUCCAAAACGCCUUCAGGAUCAUCAAGGAGGUCCAGAAGCGCUACAAGACCCGAGAGGCCGAGGAGAAGGAGAAGGAGGGCAUCGUCAAGCAAGACUCCUUGGUCAUCAACCUGAACCGCAGCAACCCCAAGCUCAAGGACCUCUACAUCAGGCCCAACAUCGCCCAGAAGAGGAUGCAGGGGGCCCUGGAGGCCCACGUCAAUGGCUUCCGCUUCACGUCGGUGCGCGGCGACAAGGUGGACAUCCUUUACAACAACAUCAAGCACGCCGUCUUCCAACCGUGCGACGGCGAGAUGAUCAUCGUCCUCCACUUCCACCUCAAGAACGCCAUCAUGUUCGGCAAGAAGAGGCACACCGACGUGCAGUUCUACACCGAGGUUGGCGAGAUCACCACGGACCUGGGCAAGCACCAGCACAUGCACGACCGAGAUGACCUCUACGCCGAGCAGAUGGAGCGGGAGAUGAGGCACAAGCUCAAGACGGCCUUCAAGAACUUCAUCGAGAAGGUCGAGGCGCUCACCAAGGAGGAGCUGGAGUUCGAGGUGCCCUUCAGGGACCUGGGGUUCAACGGGGCCCCGUACCGCAGCACCUGCCUCCUCCAACCCACCAGCAGCGCCUUGGUCAACUGCACCGAGUGGCCGCCCUUCGUGGUCACCUUGGACGAGGUGGAGCUGAUCCACUUCGAGAGGGUCCAGUUCCACCUCAAGAACUUCGACAUGGUCAUCGUCUACAAGGACUACAGCAAGAAGGUCACCAUGAUCAACGCCAUCCCCGUCGCCUCCCUCGACCCCAUCAAGGAGUGGCUCAACUCCUGUGACCUCAAGUACACGGAGGGCGUCCAGUCCCUCAACUGGACCAAGAUCAUGAAGACCAUCGUGGACGACCCCGAGGGCUUCUUCGAGCAGGGGGGUUGGUCCUUCCUGGAGCCCGAGGGUGAGGGCAGCGAUGCUGACGUGGGCGAAUCCGAGUCGGAGAUCGAGGACGAGACCUUCAACCCAUCCGAGGAGGACUAUGAGGAGGAGGAGGAGGACAGUGAUGAAGAUUACUCCUCUGAGGCCGAGGAGUCAGAGUAUUCCAAGGAGUCCUUGGGCAGCGAAGAAGAGAGCGGCAAAGACUGGGAUGAACUGGAAGAGGAAGCCCGUAAAGCCGACCGGGAGAGCCAGUACGAGGAGGAGGAGGACCACGGCCGCGGGAGGAAGAGGAAGGCCCCGGCCGGGCGCCGCGGCCACCAUCGCACCGCGGGGCCCCCCAAGAAGAAGAGGAAGUGAAGGAGCCCCCCGAAGCCACCAGGAGAUGGGGUUGGGGCCCAUUGGGGACACCUUGGGGUCCCCCCGUGGGAAAGGGGGCGAAAUUUUGGGGGUUUCCUCAAAAUUUUGGGGGUUUUCCUCAAAAUUUUGGGGGUUUUCCUCGAAAUUUUGGGGGGUUUUCAUCGAAUUUUGGGGGGUUUCCUCAAAAUUUGGGUGUUUCCCAACCAAAUUUCUGGGGUUUCCCCUCAGAAUUUUGGGGUUUUCCUUAAAAUCUUGGAGUUUUUCCUAAAAAUUUGGGGGUUUUUCAUCAAAUUUUGGGGGGUUUCCUCAAAAUUUGGCUUCUCCCAACCAAAUUUCUGGGUUUUCCUCUCAGAAUUUGGGGGUUUUCCUUAAAAUCUUGGAGUUUUUCCUCAGAAUUUGGGGGUUUCCUCAAAAUUUGGUCGUUUUCCCAGCCGAAUUUCUGGGGUUUCCCCUCAAAAUUUGGUGUUUUUCCUAAAAAUCUUGGAGGUUUUCCUCAGAAUUUAGGGGUUUCCUCAAAGUUUUGGGGGUUUUCCUUGAGAUUUUGGGGGUUUUUCAUCAAGUUUUGGAGGUUUUCCUCAAAAUUUGGGGGUUUCCCAACCAAAUUUCUGGGUUUUCCCCUCAAAAUUUGAGGUUUUUUCCUUAAAAUCUUGGAGAUUUUCCUCGAAAUUUGGGGUUUUCCAAGCAAAUUUCUGUGUUUUCCCCUCAGAAUUUGGGUUUUUUCCUUAAAAUCUUGGAGUUUUUCCUAAAAAUUUGGGGUUUUCCUUAAAAUUUUGGGGGUUUUCCUUGAUAUUUUGAUUUUGUUUCAUCAAAUUUUGGGGUUUUACUGCAAAAUUUGGGGGUUUUCCACAAAAUUUGGGGGUUCCCAUCAAAAUAAUGGGUUUUUUUCCUCAAAAUUUGGAGUUUUCACUCAGAAUUUGGGGAGUUUUCCUCAAAAUUUGGGUUUUUUUCUUCAGAAUUGGGGGGGUUUCAUCAAAAUUUGGGGGUUUCCGUAAAAAUCUUGGGGGUUUUCCUCAAAAUUUGGGUUUGUUUUCCUCAGAAUUUGGGGUUUUCCUUAAAAUUUGGGGUUUUCCAACCAAAUUCUGUGUUUUCCCUCAAAAUUUUGGGGUUUUCUGUCAAAAUCUCGGAGGGUUUCCUCCAAAUUUGGGUUUUUUCCCUCAGAAUUUGGGGUUUCCCGCAAAAUUUGGAGGUUUCACACAAAACUUUUGGUGGUUUUCCUCAAAAUUUGCUGAUUUCUGAGGGGGACCCAUUGAGGGGAACCCCAAAACCCAUUGAGGGGACCCCAAAACCCCCUUUGGGGACCUUAAUUCCCCCCUUGGGACCCCAAAAUGCAUCUGAGGGACCCCAAAACCCAUUGAGGGAGCCCCCAAACACCAUCUAAGGCCCUAAAAUCAAUGGGGGGGACCCCAAAACCCAUUGAGGAACCAUAAAGUCAAUGGAGGAGACCCCAAAACCCAUUGAGGGAGCCCCCAAACACCAUCUGGGACCCUAAAAUCAAUGGGGGGGACCCCAAAUCCCAUUGAGGAACCUCAAUUCCCUCCCCUUGGGGACCCCAAAACCCAUUGAAGAACCCCCAAACCCCCCUUUGGGACCCCAAAACCCAUCGUGGGGCCCCCAAACCCCAUUGAAGACCCCCCAUAAUCAAUGGGGGGGACCCCAAAACCCCCCUUUUGGACCCCAAAACCCCCCUUUUUUAUUGUUUAGCUCUAUUUAUCGGCGGCAAUGGGGGUCCCCCCUUUGUGUUGGGGUCCCCCCUGUCUCUUGGGACCCCCCCUUUAGGGCCCCCCCCCAUUGGGGUCCCAUUGGGGUCCCUUUGCCGGUCGCUGUUGCUCUUUUCCAGGCACUAAAUAAAGGCAAAAGUGGGUUUUUUUAAGGG